ACAAUGUGGCCUGCUAUCUUUCUUAUUUUUUUUUCUUUUUUCUUUUUCUUUCUUUCUCCCUUCUUCUUCUUCCCUUUUCUUUUUUCUGUCUUUCAAAUCCCAGCCACCGCUUCUCCACCGUCGUCCACUGCCGCCGUCGACUCCUCUUUGCACUCGGUGGCCGACGAUUCAAAGAUGGGACGGAGGUGGUUGUGCCGCAGUAGUGGUGGCGCAACGAUGGCGGUGGCAGCGGAGGAGGAGGAGGUAUGCCAGACGACCGAUUGGGGGUGUCAGGCGUGGAGAACGGGGCACGCAAGGAUGCUGGUUGGGGGCAGUCUUGUCAUGCCCAAAAGGACUGAAUUGUAGAGUGUGCAAAAUUUUUGGGGCAAAAACAUAAUUUUAGGAAAAUAUGUAGCUAAAAUGUAAUUUAUAGAAAGUUUAGGGGCCCAAAUGAAAUUUAGAAAAGUUUAGGGGUAGAAAUGUAAUUUUGAGAAAGUUUAGGGGUUGAAAUGUAAUUUAGAAAAGUUCAGGGGCCAAAAUGUAAUUUUUAUUUUUUGUAUUUUUUAUUUUUUCAAAAUUUUAUUAUGACUAUUUUAUUAA